AGGACACAGAGGUGCAAGACACAUGAGUACAAGACUUGGUGUGCCAACAGGUUCCCCCCCCAUCCUGGCACCAUCCAGGGUCCCCCCAGAAGCAGUGAUGGAGAAGGACCCUGACUGCUGCCAGGAUGGGGCCAAGAUGGUGCCAGGUGCCGGGCUGGGCACUGAGGGGACAGAGACACAGCUGGACGAUUUUGUGGGCGCUCACCCCGACUACAAUGAGGAGGAGGAGGAGCAGAAGUACUUCCGCCGCAAGCGUCUCGGCAUCAUCAAGAAUGUGGUGGCCGCCAGUCUGGCAGGCACCCUCACCUACGGCGUAUACCUGGGCCUGCUGCAGAUGCAGCUGAUCCUUCACUAUGAUGAGACCUACCGGGAGGUGAAGUACAGCAACAUCCAGCUGGAGGACAUCGACCACAAGGUGCUGAUGGGCAUCAACGUGACGCCCGUGGCGGCGCUGCUCUACACACCCAUCCUCAUCAGGUUCUUCGGCACCAAGUGGGCCAUGUUCCUGGCGGUGGGCAUCUACGCCCUCUUCGUCUCCAGCAACUACUGGGAGCGCUACUACACCUUGGUGCCCUCCGCUGUGGCCAUCGGCAUGGUCAUUGUGCCCCUCUGGGCCUCCAUGGGCAACUACAUCACGCGGAUGGCCCAGAAGUACUACGAGUAUGUCAACUACAAGGAGGAGCAGGAGAAGGUGCGGGCACCGCGGGACGCUUGCAACGCCUACAUCAUCAUCUUCCAGACCAUCUUCUACUCCUGCUUCCACUUGAGCUUCGUCUGCGCUCAGAUGCCCAUGGUCUUCUUCCUCAACAACUACCUGUACCAGCUCAACCACACGCUGUUCGCAGUGAAGCACUGCGGGACCCUGAGCCACGGCACACUGCCCGGCUUCAACAAGACGGUGCUGCAGAGCCUGCCCCGCAGCGUCAACCUCAUCGUCGUGGAGAGCGCGUUGAUGGCCGCCGCCUUCCUCGCCAUGCUGGUGGUGAGCGCCGGGCGGGAGGGGACGGUGCCGGGCUGGGCGAGGGCGGCGCCUCACCUUGGGCGCUCCGCAGGUGCUGGUGCUGUGCGGCGCCGCGUACCGGCCCAUGGAGGAGAUCGACAUGCGCAGCAUCGGCUGGGGGAACAUCUUCCAGCUGCCCUUCAAGCACAUGCGGGACUAUCGCCUGCAGCACCUCCUGCCGCUGUUCAUCUACAGCGGCUUCGAGGUGCUCUUUGUCUGCACCGGAUUCUCCCUGAACUACGGCGUGUGCACCCUGGGGCUGGAGAAGUUGGCGUAUCUCCUCAUGGCCUACGGCUUCUCUGCCUCGGCAUGCUCCAGCUUGGCCCUGAGCAUGUUGCGCCUGCGCCGGCAAAUCCCGCUCCUGGCUGGGACCAUCAUCCACGCCGGACUCCUGGUGAUGCUCUUCUGCUGGGCGCCGGAGCCCCGGCAGCAGGCACAAGCACCGCUGCUCUACAGCGUCGCCGCACUCUGGGGCAUGGGCAGCGCCCUCAACAAGACUGGAAUCAGCAUUCUCCUGGGAAUGUUGUACAAGAACAAGGAGCGCCAAGACUUCAUCUUCACCAUCUACCACUGGUGGCAGGCCCUGGCCAUCUUCGCUGUCUACCUGUGGUCCGGGCUGCCCAUGAAGGCCAAGCUGUCCAUGCUGCUGCUGACGCUGGUGGUGGCGGUGGGGACGUACCUGUGGAUGGAGCGGAAGCUGGCGCGGCGCGUGGAAUACCGGCUGCCCCGCCUGCCGCGCCCACGCCACAAGUCCUGCGGGUACCGCUACCUGGAGGAGGACAACUCGGACGAGACCGGCUCCGAGAGCGGCGGGGAGCAGCAGGACGGCAGGGAGAGCCCGGCAGGGGCUGCCCGCGGGGACGAGCAGCCCAGAGAGGACGGGGAGCAGCUGGGAUAGGGACAGCCCGGCCCCGCCCUGCCCUCAGCGCCGAGCGGGGCCAUUGCCCUCCCUGGGGAAGCCCAAACCCCCCCCAGUGGGCCCCAAACCCCCUCAGGUCAGGCUUGCAGCCCCCCCAGCAAAGCAGCCCACAGCGCCCCCCGGUCAGGUCCACAGGCCCCCAGAUUGACCUACAGCCCCCCAGGGAGGCUCACAGACCCCCAAACUGUGGUACAGACCCCCAGGCAGACCCGCGGCCCUGCAGGUCGUGCCCACAGUCCCCUAAGCUGGGGUGCAGCCCCUCAGACAGAACCACAGCACCCCAGCCCAACCCUGCAGCCCCCCCCAGGCAGGCCGACAGCCCCCCCGGGCAACCCUGUAUCCUCCUGGGCAGACCCACAGACCAGGGCCACAGCCCCCCUUGCUAAACCUGCAGGGCCCCCCUUGCCAUUGUCCUGCAGCCCCCAAGGCAGACCUGCAGCCCCCCCGGACCGACUCCACAGCUCCCCCUGCUAAGUCUGCAACCCCCAUGCUGGCCUCAUAGACCGCCCCCCCUCCAUCGCAACCC